ACAGCCGCGACAAGAGGGAUUCAGGGACCAACAUCAACAUCCCUCAUCUGGCCGACUUACAGCUCCGAUUCGUCUUGUCACUCUUUCAGAAUACCAGUAUGUAAAGAUAGGACACAUGCGCCAACAUCACAACCACGCUGAAUCUCCCUCUUUUUCCGCCAUGACCACAGCGCCGGUUCUUGCUGUCGACUUAUCCAAUAUAUCACUACCAGCUUCGGCGCUGUGAUACCCAUAAAUAUAAAAGGCAAGGCAGAGCGCCGAGCCGGCACAAUGCUCCACUACCUCUCGCUCUCGCCCUCCACCAAGUCGCGCAUUCUGUCGCAACGGAGAAAGAUUAGAUAUCUGGUUCUCACCAUCAUUCUAAUUGUCCUAUUUUUCACAUUCCCACACCAGAAUGUCUCACACCAACGCCCAUCCCAUGAGCGUCCAUUCCAUGGACGACCAUCUCCCACUGCCGCCCUAACAGAGAUCCGGCAGUACAACAUACAAGCCACGUUUCCAUCUGAAUACCCUGCCACCAAGGAAUUGCGACUACAACGACGGGAGGAAGUCAAGGAUGCGUUUGCACAUGCUUGGAAGGGGUAUAAGAAGCAUGCGUGGCUCCACGACGAGGUAAUGCCGUUGUCGGGGGGGCAUAAGGAUCCUUUCGCCGGCUGGGCAGCGACGAUAGUGGACGGGCUGGACUCUCUAUACAUAAUGGGAAUGAUUGACGAAUUUGAGGAUGCACUCAAAGCCUUGGAGAAAAUCAACUUCUUGAAACCGAACGCUGAGCGUGUCCCUAUUUUCGAGGUUAAUAUUCGUUAUUUGGGUGGGUUGCUUGGCGCAUGGGAUAUCAGUGGGCACAAGUACCCAAUUCUCCUCAAAAAGGCGACGGAGCUUGGAGACUUCCUCUACGGCGCAUUUAAUACUGAAAGUGGGAUCCCAGUCCCCUAUUACUGGUGGGAGAGGGAUGUAGAUGGGUUGUUACCGGGUGACAAUGGAGUGCUGGUCGCCCAGAUUGCAAGCUUGAGCCUGGAGCUUAUUCGACUCAGCCAAGUCACUGGAAACCCAAAGUAUGCCGACGCGGUGCAAAAGAUCACAGAUCAGUUGGACGAUAUGCAGAUGGAAUCUUCACUGCCUGGGAUGUGGCCAUCGCAAGUAGACUGCAAGGGACCCAAGUUGGCGUUCUCAACCAGCUCGUAUACGCUCGGCGCCUUUGCAGACUCUGCUUAUGAGUACCUGCCCAAAACCCAUCUACUCGUUCGCUCGUCGAGUUCGUCCGAGCAGUAUCUCAACAUGUAUCGGACUGCUCUCUCGACAUUUAGCAAGAACCUGUUCUUUAGACCCAAGCUCCCGGAAAACCCUGAUAUUCUCUUCUCCGGCACGUACAACGCCAACUCAAUACUUCCAAAGCUCAAUACCGAAGUCCAACACUUGGCUUGCUUCGUUGGCGGGAUGGUAGGGCUUGGUUCUCGGAUCAGCAACUCCGAGGAUGAACUGGAAAUGGCAAAAAAGCUCACCGAUGGAUGCGUGUGGGCGUACGAGAACACACCAUCGGGAAUAAUGCCCGAGAUCUUCCACGUCGACAAAUGCGACAACCCUACCGCAUGCAAUUGGACCAAAACAGGGAACGGCUUCCGCACCGUUGAUGAUUCUUCCUAUCAGCUUCGUCCGGAAGCGAUAGAGUCAGUUUUUAUCAUGUACCGCCUCACGGCUGACCCGUCGUGGCAGGACAAGGGAUGGAAGAUGUUCCAGGCAAUAACAAAACACACGAAGACUGAUAUUGCACAUGCGAGGCUCAAAGAUGUGAUGGAAGUCAACCCAACCCAAGAAGAUUCCAUGGAGAGUUUCUGGCUUGCAGAGACGUUGAAAUACUUCUAUCUGUUGUUCAGCGAGCCUGAGUUGGUCAGCCUGGACGAAUAUGUGUUAAAUACCGAGGCGCAUCCGUUUAGAUACUCAUAGUCUGGAAUAGAUAUGAACCAUCCAUAUUUUCAUGUAUAUAGAUAAUGAGCUGGCUUUAAGACAAAUAGUAGCUGUACAUACAGAGCUGCUGGAAAUGUGUUGUCUUCAUACUGUGCUAGUGAGAAAAUCCCGG